UUCCACCGUUCCAAGUUGUCUCACAAAAACACAAAGCAAGCAAACGACAACACAAAAGCAUCCAAAACCCAAACAAGCAAACUCACCUAACAAUUUAUACAUCAUCCACCACAACAAUGAAGGUUUUCGCCACUCUUCUCAUCAGUUUCCUUGCACUCUCCAACUUCUUUGGCACAUCUGCUCUUGCUCAAACUCAAGAAUUCAUUGGCAGUCCUGAAUCCCUGUAUCCUCUGGUUGUCAACGUCCGUGAUCCAAUGGGGGCAACAACAUGCCCCAUUAAGAAUGAUCAGCAGCCUCGAUCCCUCCUUUUUGAACUCAGCACAUUUGACCGCAUCGCCGACAAGUAUUCCUUUCAACUACUGGAAACACAAACAGGCUGCCGAUUCCAAGUUGCCGGCAUGGUGCCCCACUCGGUAGACGUUUCCAUUCAAGUGGAUGGCGCCUAUGCCGGCCCCAUGCAAGUCACCAUGCCUGGACUCUCCACGGAUACCAUUCUCAAUAAUGAGGAUGGACAUGACUAUUUCAUGCUGACUGUGGAUGAUGUCACUUCUGUGGACCCAGCCUCCGGACGUGGACAUCGUGUUCCAGUAUCCGUCUUUCGUGGACCUCUGAGCUCAUUUGUGAUGGAUGGUGUAGUCACUUUUCAAUUCGACUUGGAAUGAGACAUGUAUCUAAUGGUGUGAGUUUUAAAAUUGCAAUCAACACUUUUCC